CGCCAGAGCCACAAGCAAAGGUAAUGGUAAUAAGUGAGGCAGAUGUGAUAUGCUUUUGGUCAAAGUUUGAGAACUAAACUUAGACUUCCCGAUGGGUACUCCUCGUCAUUAUUAUGACCAUUCUAAUUUAGACUUUGCAAAGAGGAAGUAGGGUUUAAGUGUUUUGAGUUAAUCGAAUUUUAGUAGUUGCUUGGCUUUUUCGACAUCAAUAAAAGUUGUCCCCUUUCAAUCGACAAAAGAGGACAAGUUUUGCCUGUGUUGAUAGUAUAUGCAUUUUUUUACUAGGUUUUUUCCUCUUCUUCUUCGUUUAUCGAUUUUCCAAAAGCUUUUCUGAUGAAGGACGAAAACCCUGUUAACACCAGAAGUAAAAUUAAUUUUAUCUCAUUUAAGAUAAAUUGAACUCUAAUUUUAUAAUAUAUUUAUUUUUUCACUUUUUUUUGGAGGGUUCGAGGCUGUCAAAAAGAUGUUGAAUACCAACGUCGCCCCCAUUCCUCCAGCUGGAUUGCAAUGUAUUGUUGCAUUGCCAACUCUAGAAACUCUUUUAAGUGCUCAAUCAAUAAGAUUUGCCUGCUAAAAUUCCGGGAAACACUUAAAAACCACUAUGCUUUCUUGCCAAUAGGUGAUUUUCGGUAUCAACCCUAAUACCCGUCUUUUGAUUCUUUUAAUUACAGCACCGAUUGUGUUGGUCCAUUCUUGGCCAUUGGCAUUGCCCCCACAAGAAGCAAUUACUUAACAGCCAUAUAUGUCCACAUGGACAAUAUCCAUAAUCAGUAACACAGAGAAUUGGUUGGGAACUACCUGCUUCAUAGUUCAUCCCAUUUUUGUCACACAUUAAUUUGCCCGAGAGCCACGAUGCCAAUCGAGACAAGACACGUGUUGAUUUUUUUUCUUGUGGCAAUAGUCCAUCGAUUCUUUUAGGUCGUAUGGUCAUUGCCAAGCAUCUUCCUGUUUGCCAAAUUGGGAUGAGUAAGUCUCUUUUCACCGCUUUUUGCGCAGCCCACUUUUUCAAAUGCGUAAAGCAUAUGGAAAAUGAAAUGACCACCUCUUUUUUGAAGCUUUGAGUUCCGUUGCUUGUAAAAUUUGUGAGACAAGUAGAGCUAAUCGUGAUUAUGGAGUGCGUCCUCUGUCUAUUAGUUACUUGCCUAUUUAUUUUCAUUACUAAGUUACAGCUGGUUUUGAUCUCAUUACAUUAUUUUUAACACUUUUGUCAAUGAGACAUAAUUGAAGGUAGUUCCGUACCCUGAAAUUGUAGUUGAUAUCAUCACAUUAAGCAUAGUUGGUUUGGUGUGCAUUACACAUUUUUGGACUAUGGACAUAAAAGCUCCAACCUAAUGCUUGAUUAAAAGACCUGGACAUCUUUUUCUUAGUUCAUUAGUCCUAUAAAAACCCUCUUGCCCUCCCAAUACUCUCGUCCCAACCCCCCCUCUCCCUCUCUCUCUGAGCAUGGAGCUGGAGCUAACUCAGUUAAGUGGAGUGAAAAACUCCAGCCUCGCUCAGCCAAACACUACUCACACUCUCCACCAUUUCCCUCCCCAACAAAAACCACCACAUUUCCCCUCCAUCACCCACCCAAACCCUGGUUUCAGCACCCUCCAUGCACACCCUUACAUCUCACCUCCUGAUUUCACCGUGUCGUCGACCCCCUUUGGCAGUUUCUUCCCCAAUCCCCACCUCACUGACGAGCUCUCUCCAAACCCAUUUCUCCGCAACAACUCCGCCGCCUUUGAUGAGGCCGGCGAAGAUCACGUCGACCAACCUCGUCGCUUUGACCAUGUCGGUAACGUUGUCCAUGAGAAGAAGCUGAGGAGGAGGAUAUCGAACCGGGCGUCCGCAUGGAGGUCGCGGCUGAGAAAGAAGAUGCAGAUCGAAGAGCUCCAAAUGCAAGUGGACCAGCUCCAAGGCGCCAACAACAAACUCUCUGAGAAACUCAUUAGCCUUUUGGAGAGCAAUCACCAGAUCCUCCAAGAGAAUGCUCAGCUCAAAGAAAAGGUCUCUCCGCUCCAGGUCGUGGUGACUGACCUGUUGAGCCCCUUCAGGAAUGUGUAAGAAAUUGCUUGCAUUUUUUAAGUCCGAAGCAUCGAACUGAUCGGUCUGUUGGCACAUGGACAAGUUAUAUCAGAUAUGGUAAAAAAGUUUUGCAGACGAGAGUAUAGAGAGAGCACUAACUACAUCAAUGGCUCUUCAAUACCAAAUAGUACUUUAUGUUGGCUAUUAUCGUAUGCACGGCUUGCAAGAUUUGCUGCACUUGCUUGAAUGAACAAAUUGAAAAUAUUAAGUUUAGAGUUUGUUA